AGUUCUUCCUAACGAGGAUGAGGACGAAGUUAACGAUGGUAAUGAUCUCAAAACUACAUAUUUUUGUAGGUUUAUUUGCCAUUUGCUUCUUCAUCUUUCUGGUAAACUCAUAUACUGUCUACACACAUACCCGUUCUGUUGCGAACGAAACGUUGGCCGAGACAAAAGCAAUACAGAACAUUGCGAUAUUGAGCAUCAUAAAUGGUGGCUCUGAUAAGGCAAAGUACAAAACAGCGAUGCUUUCUGUGCAGUGUUAUGCUCUGCAAAAUAAUUACACAUACUUGCAACUAAAUGGCGAGGAUUUCAAAACAAUAUGUGAACAACGCCAUGUCCUCCUCCAACGUCACUGCAUUGUCGCACAUAUUUUAAAAACUUAUAACUUUAGUUGGGUGCUGCAUGUGGAAGCCGACAUUGGCGUCGUCAAUGAAAAAAUGCGAAUAGAAGAGUAUAUCAAAGAGGAUGUUGACCUAAUUUUCUAUGAAAGAUUCUUCAAUUUCGAAAUAGCGGCAGGCUCGUAUUUUGCCAAAAAAUCAGAUUUUUCUGUAAUGUUUCUUCGUGGAUGGGCGGAUUAUGAAUUUCGUCUGCCGAAGACAUUUCAUAAUGACAAUUUAUUGCUGCAAAUGUGGUUCGUGGAAUUGCUGGCUCCUAAUGCACCUUUGACUCAAACCUGCUGGAUACUUUGGAGGAAUGCGUUGUGGAAAAACGCAGUGAAACUCAAGUCCCUUUGGAAAAUUUGGUCCCUUCACACCUUAUGCUGUAGAGAAGCGCUAAAAAGCGCAUUAACACCUCAUCUUUUUCUUUACACAAAGGGAAAUGGAUGGGUUAGAGAUUCAUGGUUGACAAAUAGUCACUGGAGCCAAAAAGAUUUUAUGUUUCAUGACAGGAAAGAGAAACGCAAAAAGCAUUUUAAUGGAACGCAAGAACUGGUUCUCGAUGGGCCCAAAUUUGACUGGUUUGACACGUUAAAAAAGCCGUUGAUUCUUGACAGAUGCACAAAGGAUGAACCUUGGGAUCACGAAAGUGCUUUGAUAACCAGUGAACAAGUCAUCGAAUCACAUCUGGAGAAACGGAAGAAAAGUGUAGAGCAUGAGUAUCGUGUUCAUCUACGUCAACUUCAAGAAAUUGCAACUAGCUUAAAUCAAUCUAUCCAAACCUUAAUUUAGAAAAAUUUAAUGAAUUUAAGUUCGCCUUAUCAAUCUGUUCAUUAUAAAGCUUGAUAAACAUAAACAAGUUGAUAAACAAGUUGUAAAAAC